AUGUCAGCGGUAGCUACUAGGUUCAAGGACAAGGCGCCCUUGCAGACGUUAGCUAAGGCUUCGAAGUCAUGCGCUACCCAGUCCCUCGCGUACGGCAAAUGUAUUGGUAAAUCAUAUCAGGACGUAUCGAAGGACAUGUGCCAAGCCGAGUUCCAGGCAUUCAAGGACUGUGUACAAAAAUCAUUCGGGAGACGAUGGUGA